AUGGCUGAAAUCACCGCCCUCACUCCCUCUCCUCCCGGUAUGGCUGACCCUCCAGUCCCUGCUCCCACCAGCCCACAGCCUCUCCCCUCUGAAACUCCCAUCCCAAAAUCAUCUCUCUAUGGGGACCGAGCUGUGAUGGGGAACCCAACAUUACAGGCAAGCGGAAAAAUCUCUUCUUCUAGGGAGAGCACACCAGUCAAAAACAGUGGCGCUCUCGAUUCAGCAGCAUCAGUGAGCGCUGCUGGGCCUCCUGCAGAGGUACUAGCUGCUCCAGAUGGAGAGAGAAAUGGGAAAAAUGAUUUAAUCGACCAAACGGAGCGACACAGUGAAGCACAGGAGCAACAGAUGCCAUCAUCGCCUGAACUUAACCCCAGUCCUAAUCUCUAUCCCAACGUUCAAGUCAGCCAGACCUCCAGUCCUGUUCCCCCCGUGGACAUUCCUCCACAGUUUACACCUCCUGUUCCCAUCUCCAAUCCAGCCCCCUCUUCACAAGACUUAGAAGCACAAACAGUCCCCCAGCCCGAGUCGGCCCAGAACCCCGAACCUAACUCUCCCAGCACUGAGCCCCCUUGCACACCCUCCAGGGCUGAGCCCCCAGCUGUACUGGUGCAGGAGUCCAGUGGGUCCUGGGUUCUGCCCUCCUCUUACUCGCGACCAGCCCCGGACACGCUCAGCUACCUGGAGUCAGCCAGCCUAAUGUCCGGCACGCUGGAGUCUCUGUCGGGGCUCGGCGAUGAUGGCAGCUCUUUUGGAUCAGACUCCGAGGUCAACGGUCCAGUGAAGCGUACUGAUAAAUAUGGCUUCCUGGGAGGAACACAGUAUAGUGAGGGCAGUGAGGCGGAGAUCGCUGUGGCCGUGGCGAGGCAGAGAGAGAUGAAAUGGUUGGACAUGUUCAGAAACUGGGACAAAUGGGUAUCACGACGCUUUCAAAAGGUGAAAAUGCGCUGCAGGAAAGGAAUCCCGUCUUCACUCCGAUCUAAAGCCUGGCAGCUGCUCUCCAACAGCCAGGAGCUCCUCGAUUCCAAUCCGGGAAAGUUUGAUGAGUUGGAGCAAGAGCAGGGAGAUCCGAAGUGGUUGGACAUCAUAGAGAAGGACUUGCACAGGCAGUUCCCAUUCCACGAGAUGUUUGCUGCUCGGGGAGGACAUGGGCAGCAGGAUCUGUACCGUAUACUGAAGGCCUACACCGUCUAUCGACCAGAGGAGGGUUACUGUCAGGCCCAGGCACCAGUGGCAGCCGUGCUGCUCAUGCACAUGCCUGCUGAGCAAGCCUUCUGGUGCCUGGUGCAAAUCUGUGAGAAAUACUUGCCUGGAUACUACAGUGCUGGGUUGGAAGCUAUUCAGCUGGACGGAGAGAUUUUUUUCUCUCUUUUGAGGAGAGUUUGUCCCAUGGCUUACCGGCACCUGAAGAAAUUUAAGAUCGACCCCAUCUUGUACAUGACAGAGUGGUUUAUGUGCAUUUUCUCCCGAACACUGCCUUGGUCUUGUGUCCUGCAUGUCUGGGACAUGUUCUUCUGUGAAGGAGUGAAGAUUGUGUUCCGGGUGGGUCUGGUGCUACUCAAGCAGAUGUUGGGGUCUGUAGAUAAGCUCCGGGAGCUGCAGGGCAUGUACGAGACCAUGGAGCGACUGAGGAACAUCCCACCUGAAUCUAUCAGAGAGGAAGUUCUGGUGCAAGAGGUGGUCUCUCUGUCUGUGACGGAGUCCCUCAUUGAGAGUGAGUGCCGUGUUCAGGUGCGCAAGUGGCGGGUAUCUCGUGGAGAGUUGACUCACCAACCGGGCCGCCGUUUGCACGGAACACGGGCCAUCUUUGAGCAGAAACAGCGAGCUGCUGCGAUCAGCUCUGGCGGCAGCCUGUCGUUCCUGGCGAGUCACAUCCCUCCCCCUGGACCCUUACGUGCAUCAUCAAGCCUCCUGUCGCUUGCUGGUCUUAGAAAGUCCAAGAUGCCAUUCCACUCACAUAACAAGAAGGGCUCUGCUUCUGGCAGAUUUGGCCAGGAUUUCGUCCCACUGCAGCCCCUCGGGGAUGAAACCAAUGCAGUGGCCUCAAAACCUCCUGUGCCACCUGCCUCUAACGCUGGAGCCAGUGGGCGGCCACCAGUGCCGCAUGGGCCCAGUCCGCUAGUUACAGCAUCAUCUACUACCACGCCACCGGCUCCAACCGCACACGCGUCCAGCGCACAGAUGCUCCAGCCGUCACCUAAAGUCGUCUCUGAACAGAUCACCCCCACAAUCCCAUCACCCACCGCGAACAACGCCCCAUUACCACCUUGCCCAGAAACCGCAAAAACGGCAGUGGAGGAAGAUGGGAAAAAGAAAAAGAAAACCAAGGAGGACAAGAAGCGAGAGAAAGAGGAGGAGAGGCAAAAAUUACGGGAGAAGAAAGAGAAGGAGAAAACAGAGAAAGAAAAGAUGAAGAAGGAGAAAGGCGAGAAAGAGAAGAAAAAGGAGAAGGGGGGUAAGAAAAAAGACAAAGGGGGAGGAGCAGAGCCUGAGGAAAAAAACGGAGCCGCAGCAGCAAAAGAUUUGGCCUAAUUCCUGCCCCGUCGUUCACUUGGCAAGAGGAAGGUGUGAGAAUGGUAAAAAAAAAAAAAAAGAGGACAAGGAAUCAAAACGGCUGCAGACUGGUACAGAGAGUGAGAGCGUGGAAUGUCCAUUUCAUCUCUAGUACUGAUUUCACAAGGAAAACCGGAUCACGGCAUCUGCCCCACGUCUCUCAUCAUCUCGUCUGCACUGUGCUUUCACCCAAUGACCAAACAGGAAGCAUUUAUUACUUAGCCUUUUUUUUGUUGCUUUUUUGGAGGUGGAUAUCUGAUUGAUGAGAUCAGCUAUAUAAUUAGUAGUCAAUUCUGUCGUACUGUGUGCCAUGGUGUACAUAGACCCCUAGCACCAUCUGUGCCAGUCCAGCCCCACAAUCCCCCUCUGUCCAUCACCUGAGAGCUUACUCAACCAGAAUACCCGAAUAAAACUGUUCUGUGGCGAGAAAAGCAUGGCGGUCACUGGUAAUAACUUAUCUCUGAGUGUUCUGGAGGACCUAUUUAUUCAUUGUUCUGUUGAUUGUUAGUGUGUGUUGGUUUGUUCUUGUAUGUCUGUGCCUUGGCAGUGUAAUGAAGCUCUCGUCUUUCUUCUCUCUUUUCAGUCUCUCAAGGGAGCUCGUCCUUAAAGUCGCACACUUCUCAGAGGAAUUAAUAAAUGUUGGGGAGCGGAGGAGAUAAGUUGAACUGACUGGGGGGGGGGGGAUUAAUAGCCACUUUUAAUUCCCCAUUUAAAGAAGUAAAUUUGAAUAUUUAAGUUAACAUAAUUAUUAAAAAGAAAUUCAAUUUGUUCAUGAUAAGUGAACCUGUCUAUCUCCGCUCAAAGACACGGCCUCACCCAAAAAUUCCUUUUGACGUCGAGCUUAUUUGUUGUUUUUCUAUCUUCUUUUUCAAAUAAAUUUGCAUCACAUAAACUGCAGUAAACGUUAAAUUCUGCAAAGCGUGACAGUCACUCCAGAUAUCUGUGUUUUUUUUUAUGUUAAUUAUCUUGAUGUUGAUAUGGAUGUAGAGUUUAGACUAGGAUUUUAAUAAAUUGAUGCACUGAGACCUGUUGAUUUUCACCACUAACCUUGAUCGGUUCAUUAAUGUAGGGCAGUCGCUAAUCCAGCUCACACAACUCUUGAAGUCUGCGCCUUGUUGGAUGGGAACGGUUUGGUGCAGCACCGUAGCAUUAACCUUUGACCUUUGAAGCUCUUGGCUUCAGGCUGUAAUAUUGUGAUGUUUAAACUAUUAAUUGAAUUGGAUGAAAUCAUAUACUAUAUUAUAGCUUCUAUUAGUCUUGGUUUGAAUUAGAUUUUUUAUUUUUCUACGCAAGUAUGCACUGCAGAGGCCUGGUAGACUGGAACGGCAGUGAGCUUGGUUUGAGGAGAGCGAUGCAUUUAAUCACAGGAUUUAUUUUUAUUUUAUUGUUAAGCGCUGAAAAUAAUUUUUGCACAUUUUUCUGCCAACAUCCUGGAGAACAAAAACAAGCAGUUAUUUAUUUUAGACAUGUUAUAAUCACUAGCUUGUCUAAUAUUACUGCAGUAUUUGUGUUACGGGAGAUGGCGACUUCAUACUGAUUAUUAUUUCAUUCUGAUCUUUUAUUAUUAUUAUUAUUAUGCCCCAUUGAAGGGGGAAGUGAUCCCAAAGAGUUGGGAGAGAAAAGGAAUGCAUCAAUAAAAUGUAUUCUAGGCAUUGUUGUGUUAAUUAAACAUGUAAAAUACAACCCUUAACACAAGCUUCUCCCGAACAGUGUUACUGUUGAUGUGACGUGAACACUGAAGUGAAUUAAACUCCAAAGUAAUCCACUGACCCCUCAGUAUUUUUAAUUAUUGUGAUACAUUCACCAGGUGACUGGACCAUACUUACUAAACUACUUGAUAUAAAGUAUUCUCUUUCAAGACAGAAGAGACCUGAAGUGGUUUCUAGGUUGCAGAUGGUAGCCAAAUACUCAUGUCAAUGUUUUAAUGGUGUCUCCUGUGUUUACUGAACUUGUUCAGUCUCGACUGCAGGGGGUCAAACCAAUACCACACAGGGUUUCAGGGAUACCCUUCCUGACCUCAGUGGUCUUUGCUUCGUCUAAAGGCACCACUGUUCAAAUGGAAAACAAGCAAAUGAUGUCUAUGCAAAUGUUAUGUUCCUAACUAUGGCACAGUGUAGAUGUUGACAUUUAUGUUGUGGCCAGCAGGUGGCUCAGGCUCCCUUCACUGUUGACAGCAGCACUGGAUAUGUUGAAGGAAAGGUGUCUUGUUUUAAGUUCCAAGCACUAGCAUAGACCUGGUUUUUGUGCCUGUCAGGCCACCUUCACUAACACCAUCUGGUCUCUAUUGCCACCCGAGAGUGCGACAGGUGGACUUGAAACGGUUCGGACGCUGUGCUCACCAAUGAUUAAUGCAAGGCCAUCCAGUGUUGCUUUACUAACACUCUUGAGACAGCUGGGUCAGGGUUUAAAGUAGUUUGCCUUGUCUUAAUUCAUGCAUUGGUGAAUCAGACCCAAUGUAUGCUGUAGGAUUGUUGUAAAAUUCAUUUGAAAUCAUUUUCGUUUUAAUGUAUUUAGGUUCGUUCUCUCAUCCUGUCCUUUGUAUGUCUCCUGCUUGUUUUUAUGUUUACAUGACACCAUUUACAGUUGAGAAUGAAAUGAAUUCAUAGAUGAAGACAGUUGUUCUAAAACUGCAGAGGAGGAAGUUCACAGUGUAUUUAAUAAUUACAGUUAUGAAGAACAAUAAAUCGUAAUGUAUUAAAAUCUC